UUGCCAUCUUGAGAGCUAGCUGCUGCCGCUGCGUCCAUCUUAACACGGGAGUACAACUGCAACACAGUGACGGCCAGAUGGAGGCCCAGAACAAGGCGGCGGCUGCUCUGGUGAAGAAGAUCGCCGGCCUCCACCGCGCCAUCUCGAAGCUGCCGUCGCUGAGCCCGUCUCCGGAGGCCGAUGCCCUGUUCACCGCCCUCGUGGCCACGUGCGUCCCGCCGAUCCCCGUCGACGUGGCCACGCUGGGCGCCAAGGCCCGGAGAAUGCGGGGCGAGCUCGUCCGGCUCUGCGCCGACGCGGAGGCGCGCCUCGAGGCGCACUGCUCCGACGCGCUCGCCGCGCUCGACCACCCGCUCCGCCACCUGAGGCUCUUCCCGUACUACGAAAACUACGUAGCCCUGACCGAUCUGGAGCACACGCUCCUUGCUCGCCACGCGCCGGACCGCCUCGCCGCGCCCGCGCGCGUCGCCUUCGUCGGGUCAGGCUCGCUACCGCUCAGCUCGCUCCUGCUCGCCGUGCGCCACAUGCCGCACGCCGUCGUCGACAGCUUCGACCUGUGCAGCGAUGCCAACGACCGCGCUCGGAGGCUGCUGCUUCGCGGCGGCGACGUGGCCACGCGCAUGUCGUUCCGCACGGCCGACGUGGAGGGACUCACGCACGAGCUCGCCGCGUACGACGUGGUCUUCCUGGCGGCGAGCGUGGGCGUGGCGGCGGCCGAGCAGAAGACCCGCGUGAUCGCGCACCUCGGCGAGCACAUGGCGGACGGCGCGGCCCUCGUCGUGCGGAGCGCGCACGGAGCCCGCGGCUUCCUGUGCCCCGUUGUGGAUCCCGCGGACGUCUGGCGGGGCGGGUUCCAUGUCUUGGCCGUGCACCACCCCGACGACGACGCGGUGAUCAACUCCGUCAUCGUCGCUCGUAAGGCAGCGGGAGGAAGCCACGAGCUCGCGCCGGCGGUGGCGAGUUCGCCUUGCAAGUGCUGCGAGGUGGAGACGCCACGCAGGAGGUCGCCGCCAACCAGCUGUCAUCUUGACGCCAUGGACGAAAUCCGGAGGCGCUCAUGGUGAUAGAGGGUCUGAGCACUAGCUUAUCUGGUGUCACUUGUUAUAACAGCAUACGCCGUGCUGAGACAGCGUAUGGAAGUUACCGGCUACUACUACCCAGGCGGGAGUAUAUGUAACCGUAAUAAGUGCGGAAACUACAAAUUUAUAGCUUCUCUAAUAGAGUCCGUAAAAACACGAACUGAAAUUUGGAGUUUAGUUCA